AUGAACCUCUUCACCUUCUUAGCUGUUCAGAUUGCUCUUGUCAUGGCUGGUCCCAUGUUCAUACACAAGCAACACUUGAACGAAACCACAGCUCGCGUACACCCAGCCACAGGUCUUGAGACUGGAAUCACCACUGGCUCUUGCAAUGGCAUUAAGCGAGGACUUCCAAGAAUAGAGCCGGAUGAAUCUACUUUGGCAGUGCCAGAAGCUUUGGCAGCCCGCCAAGAUCCAAAUAUGAUCCCCACCAUCAUAAUCGACGCACUGGCUGAAGAUGCGUGUUGA